AUGACGACGAAAUUUCAAAUAUUCACCGGUUUACCCUCUGCACCACUCCAACCUUCUUCCUCUUCCAUUCUCAAAAAGCCUCUCGCCAGUUCCUUCUUCGGCACCAGACCAGUGGACACUUUGAAAUUUAGAGGCGUGAGGACUGCGAAACCGGUGCGAGGCGGAGGAGCGAUCGGUGCCGGAAUGAACCUAUUUGAUAGGUUUGCGAGAGUCGUGAAGUCUUAUGCAAAUGCUAUCGUGAGUUCGUUUGAAGAUCCCGAGAAAAUUUUGGAGCAAGCUGUGCUUGAAAUGAAUGAUGAUUUGACUAAAAUGCGUCAAGCUACAGCACAGGUAUUAGCAUCUCAAAAGCGAUUGGAAAAUAAAUAUAAGGCUGCACAACAAGCUUCUGAAGAGUGGUAUCGUAAAGCACAACUUGCUCUUCAGAAAGGUGAAGAAGAUCUUGCUCGUGAAGCACUUAAGCGGCGUAAAUCUUUUGCAGAUAAUGCCAGUUCUAUGAAAGCUCAACUUGAUCAGCAAAAGAGUGUUGUGGACAAUCUUGUCUCAAAUACACGCCUUUUGGAAAGUAAAAUACAGGAGGCGAGGUCGAAGAAGGAUACUCUAAAAGCAAGAGCUCAAUCUGCAAAGACUGCAACCAAGGUGAGUGAGAUGCUGGGAAAUGUCAAUACAAGCAGUGCUCUUUCUGCUUUUGAAAAAAUGGAAGAGAAAGUGAUGACAAUGGAGUCCCAAGCUGAAGCUCUUGGCCAGUUGACAAGUGACGAUCUUGAAGGGAAGUUUGCAAUGCUUGAGAGCUCAUCAGUUGAUGAUGACCUUGCAAAUUUGAAGAAAGAAUUGGCUGGUAGUUCAAAGCAGAAAGGAGAGCUUCCUCCUGGAAGAAGUAGCACCACUAGCACUAAGACUGGAAAUCCAUUUCGAGAUGCUGACAUUGAGAUAGAACUUGAGCAACUGAGAAAAAGAUCACAGGAGUUUUAA